AUGAAUAAAAUUAUUAUUGAUCCUAUAAUAGAAUCAAAAACUCCAGAUCAAUUGUGGGAUGAAAUUUAUUCAAAAGAAAGAAUUGUAAAAAAAGUUAAUUUUACUUGUGGAUUAAAUCCUAAAUCACAUGAUUGUAUACGAGUUGUAUGUAUAUCAGAUACACAUAAUAAACUUUCUGAUAUCAGUUCAUGUAUACCUCCUGGAGAUAUUCUAAUACAUGCUGGAGAUUUUACAAAUUUUGGAAGUAUUGAAGAAAUAAAAAAAUUUAAUAAUGAUUUGGCAAAUCUUCCACAUACUUAUAAAAUAGUAAUUGCUGGUAAUCAUGAAUUAGGAUUUGAGGAUAAUGAAGAUGAAAGUUUAAGAGAAGAAAUUUAUAUAAAUAAAGGCACAAAAAAAGGAUAUAAAGAAUUAGAUAAUUGUAUAUAUAUUCAAGAUAAACUUAUUGAGGUAAGUUAUAUUUUUUUAUAG